CGCGGUGCUUUUUCGCAGUAACCACUAACGUCGUCGCCUAGGAAAGACUUAAUCGCCGACCUGCUCUCCCACUCGCUCCUCAUUUUGUCAUGUCCCGACCAGUCUCGCACUGAGGAAGAGCGAAAAUGAGGCUCAUCAAUAGCGCGGUGCCAGUCUACACUGUCGCAGGCUCGUCGACCUCACGGGGUCUUCCAGACUGGCUGUCGCAAAAACAGAAGCGCAAGAAAGAUCCGGAAUAUGCGAACCGAGUAGAACUAUUGCAGGAUUUCGAGUUCGAGGAAGCAAGCCAAUGUGUCCGCAUCAGCGAAGAUGGCGAGUGGGUUAUGAGUACUGGUACUUACAAGCCUCAAAUUCACACCCAUUAUUUGCCUAAUCUGGCCCUUUCGUGGACGAGACACACGAAUACCCUCAAUAAGACGUUCCUCUUUCUAUCUUCUGACUACUCGAAAUCCGUUCAUCUUCAAGAAGACCGCUCUAUCGAAUUUCAUACUCCUGGCGGCUGUCACGAUUCCUUACGAAUCCCACGAUACGGUCGCGACCUGGCCUACGACAGGAGCAGCACCGAGCUGCUUGUCCCUGCUGUUGGAGUGAACGGCAAUGGUAUGGGAGAGGUUUUCCGCAUCAAUCUUGAGCAGGGACGAUUCAUGAACGCUUUUGAGGUCGACGUCGGAGGAGACGAUCUCAACUCCAUUGGUGGCGGCGCAUUGCAAGGAGGCAUUGGAGCCGGAUCUGUCAACACUGCAGCCGUUGCUGAAGGGAGUCACAACCUCUUUGCGUUUGGAACGUCGAUGGGGACAGUAGAAUAUUGGGACACAAGAUCAAGGGCGAGAGUGGCCACUCUAGCUAUGCCGUCGGAGUACGAGGGACGUCCAGAGGUCACAGCCCUCGACUUCCACCGAUCUGGUAUCAGCACAGCCGUUGGCACCUCCUCUGGGCUGGUCUAUCUCUACGACCUGCGAUCCCCUCUUCCGACAUUGAAGAAGGAUCAGGGUUAUGGAUAUCCUAUCAUCUACCUUGAAUAUCUAACACCUUCAAGUACAACCCGGGCGUCAGUCUCUGAGCCUAAGAUUGCUUCAGCCGACCGGCGCAUUUUGAAACUAUGGGAUGAGCGAGACGGGGCACCUUGGACUUCGGUCGAGCCCGAGGUCGAUAUCAAUUGCGUGGCUUGGUGUAAGGAUAGCGGCAUGUUCUUGACGGCCAAUGAGGGCCGAAGUCAGCAUUCCUUCUUCAUACCCCAGCUUGGGCCCGCCCCCAAGUGGUGCUCUUUCUUGGACAAUGUUGUCGAAGAAAUGGCUGACGAUCCCAAUGAUCCUCAAGCUUUCUCACGGUCGAAAGUGGGUGAGGUCUAUGACAACUACAAAUUCCUCACCUCGUCACAGCUUCGAAUGCUCAAUUUGGACCACCUCGUCGGAAAGACGAACCUACUCAGACCCUACAUGCACGGUUUCUUCGUUGCUCAGGGCCUGUAUGAAGAGGCUAGGCUGAUUGCCAACCCGUCAAGCUGGGAAGAGGAAAGAGCCAAGCGCAUUCAAGAGAAAAUCGAGAAAGAACGCGAGAGCAGGAUCCGUGGUCAGAAGAAGAUCACAGCAAAGGUCAACCGCAAGAUGGUGGAAAGAGUCCUCGAGCGGGAGGAGAAGAACGAGAGACGACGUGCUCAGCGAGUCUUGGCACAAGGUGGUGACGAAGCUGCUGUCACCGAGGCUGCAGAGCCUGAAGAAAAGGGAUUGCUUGCAGAUUCUCGAUUUGCAAGGUUAUUCCAGGAUGAAGACUUCGCUGUCGACGAAACUUCAAGAGAAUUCCAACAACUCAACCCAAGCACUAAAGUUCCCCCGGCUUCGAAUCUGGAUCGAGAGAAGGGACUGACAGCUGUUGAAGAGGAGGCGAUCGAUGAAGUUCCGGGAUCAAGUGAUGAGGAUGCUACUGACGAAGACGAGGCUGGAGGCAGAUAUCGAACCACGGACCGGAUAUCUACCGCAGAUUACAAGCGCCGACACACGAAGAACCAGAAGAAGCGCGAUCAUGUGCGGAUGCAAGUCUCUUCAUCCGCGAAGAACAAUAAUGUCAGAACUCAUCAAGAUCGGUCGUUUGGAUCUCGAGCCGAUAACAUGCAACCGGUUCAGCGAACGACGCGUCGCAACCGACUCGGCGGCGCUGCAGGUGACAAAGUGAUCACGUUUGAGCCUAGCACAAAGAAAUCCAAAGCUCCACCGAAAACUAACCGCAGCGCCCCAAGACAGGACCGAAGAAGCGCGUCCGGAAACACUUUCAGACGGAUGUAAAUGCAUCAAGCCAUUGGAUUUACUAACCACGCUCAACCUGAUGUCUCGUAUUAUGCGUCCCAGGCAGUAUCGCUGCUAUCGACGCUUGGAGCAAAUGAAUGUAAUGACAUCUAAUAAUCAUCCUGGAAUGAACACCUUGAUGAAGUCGGCGGAGGCCGCCACGGCACCGAAGAUCCCGCCCUCCAUUUUCACUGAUUCCAGUGCGAAACGACGCAAGCCUGGAGUUGCAGCGGCCGUCGCAUCUUCGAGCACAACACAGUCGAACCCACGAUCAUUCGCUUCACGCAUCGUGCUGGAAACGCAAACGUCUGUCGUGACUCCCGUAAGGAUCAGAUUCUUGAUCCCUUGAAGACGGAGAAUAUGCUCGAAGUCGGUAUGAGCGAAUGAUCCACGUCCAGGCUUGUCGAUGACCACUUCCGUUGGAAGAGGUUUCAGCUCUGGUAUCACAUCGUGGCCGGGCUCGCCUCGAACGAGGAAUCUUCCAAGCGGGCCUUUGUCGCCGAUACCGAGGUGCUUGGGAUUGUUUCGGGAUCGAAAUCUCUCCCGGCUGGAGAGCGUGGAAAGGUCGGGUCUGUGGCCUACAUGACAAAGUCAGAAGGAGGAAGAAGAAGAAGAAGAAGGAGCUUGGGAAUGAAGGAUUGGGAUAGUGUAAUUUCUGAUACCUUCCCGUGUGAAGAAUACUGGCAAUGAUGAUUUGCGUGCCGCGUCCAGCAGGUCUUGGAGGACUGGGAUUAUGGCUCUGGCGUCGGACACAUCAUAGCCUUGACAGUCGAAGUAUCCUCCUUUCUCACAGACUAGUUUUGUUCUCGGUCGGCGAGUUGUACGAACGUGCUGUUGGAGGGUGUCACUCACAGUCUCGUUGCAUGUCAAUGACAACCAGCGCAGUGGUCUGUGGACUCAGCGACGCAUCGUGAGGCCAAUUGUACGGACUGGCCACAAUUUGGCCGCUGCCAGCACUCCACGCUUGAUCCUGCAUGGAUUGGACGAGGAUCGUCAAUAUAGCUCGUUCUACC